GCAAGAGCCACAACCAGAAGCGGGAAUUGCGAAGCUAACGAAGUGGAAGAACCUGGAACCGCAGUACACCCAUCCAGAUCCUUUCUAAUCUCACUUAGUCAUUCCCGUCUUUCCCUCUACACAAGACCAAGCAAGAGAUAUCUCCGGAAUAGAUAGACAUCCGGGUAAUUGCGCCGAUACAGGACUUAUUACUUUGCCCAAAACUUUUGAUUUGCAACGCAUCGAAUUUGUUUGUCUUGUUUCUGCACCAUUCUACAACGUAAUACCCCUUCUCAUUGUCCAACAUCUGUAGUCAUUCCGCGCAUCGGCAUCUUUCCCGAUAAAGCAUACCGCCGAUAACCGACUCUUGAGAUCUGAGAAACUACAUUACACAUACGCCUCCAGUAAAACAUAGAGGGUUUCUCAACUACUCAUUCUGAGCAAACAUCAGAAUCUUGUCCAAGACGCCACAAGUCUCGCAACAGGAUCAUGACGGUGGAACUCCCGAUCCCCGAUACACGCGUCCUGGCCGUCGCCAGUCAUGUUGUGUCCGGAAAUGUAGGAAACAAAAUCGCCGUCUUCACACUGCAGUCCCUCGGUUGCGAUGUUGCGGCUCUCAACACCGUCCAAUUCAGCAAUCACACAGGGUACAGACAAUGGAAGGGGACAAGGGUGUCCGCCCAGGAGAUCCGGGACCUCUUUGAAGGGCUCAAGCAGUCGUACCUGGACGACUUUGACAUGAUGCUCUCGGGCUACAUCCCCGGCGCCGAGGCCGUCGUGGCCGUGGGCGACAUCGCAAAGGAGCUCAAGCGGAAGCAGGCCGCCGCGGGGACGCCGGGCGGCUUCUUCUGGGUCCUGGACCCCGUCAUGGGCGACAACGGGAAGCUGUACGUCGCCGAGGAGGUCGUGCCCGCGUAUCAGAGCCUCGUCGAGCACGCCGACUUGAUUCUCCCCAACCAGUUUGAGGCCGAGCUCCUCUCAGGCGUCAAAAUCACCGACAUGCAGACGCUCCAAACCGCCAUCCGCGCCCUGCACACAAAGUACCGCAUCCCCCACGUCGUAAUCACCUCCGUCUCCCUCGCCUCGCCCGACCACCCGCCCUCCCACCUCUCCGUCGUCGGCUCCAGCAUGUCGCCCUCCACCGGCGAGCCCCGCCUCUUCAAGAUUGUCUUCCCCGCCAUCGACGCCUACUUCUCCGGCACGGGCGACAUGUUUGCCGCCCUCAUGACGGUGCGCAUUCGCGAGGCCGUCAUCGCCGCCAGCACCAGCACCAGCGCCAGCGUCAGCGAGGGGCAGCAGCAGCUCAAGGACCGCGAAUCAUGGCUCAGCGGCGACGACGUCGACGCGCUGGACCUGCCCCUCGCCAAGGCGGCGGAGAUGGUGCUGGCGAGCAUGCACGAGGUCCUCACACAGACGGCGCGCGGGAUGCACGAGGUCGUCGCGGCCGCGGGCGGGGACGAGGCCUUGGCCGAGACGGAGGAAGGGAGGACGAGGCUUCACCUGCUCAAGAGCAAGAGCGCCGAGCUGAAGCUCGUGAGGAACCUUGCGAGCUUGCGGGAGCCGACUGUGGAGUUGCGGGCGAGGAGGCUGUAGACGGUGGCCCUGGAGAAUAGGGGUAAGGGG